UAAUUAAAUAUCCAUCAUGGAAAUAUUUAUUAAAUGUUGCUAAUACUGAAUUACCAUUAAAAACAAAUAGUGAAUUAGUUAAAAUAUUAACUAUUUAUCGUGGAUAUAAUGAUAUUGAAGGACGAUGGAAAUCAAAAAAUAAAGAUCGAACAGAAUAUGUUUGGCAAAUAAUUGAUAAACCUGAAGGAGAUAAUAAACAAGUAGCACAAUUAAGAAGAACUAAUGAAAAAAAGACACCACCACCGGGCAAUGUUGAAAUUGUUAAAGGAUCAGCUUAUGGUGCUUUUUCACGAGCAUUCAUCGAGUUUGUGCAAACAAGUCCUGUCGCAAAAGAAUUACUUGAUUGGUCGCGUGAUACAUAUAGUCCAGAUGAACAUUAUUGGGCAACAUUGAAUUAUAAUACACAUUUACAUUCUCCAGGCGGUUAUAAAGCAAAAAGUGAUCCAACUAAUUGGACAGCUCGUUUUGUAAAUUGGGGUGAACAAAAUUGUUAUGGACGUAUAAUACGUGGCAUUUGUGUAUUUGGUAUGUUUGAUUUACCAAUUCUAUUAAAUCGACAUGAAUUAUUUGCAAAUAAAUUUCAUUUAAAUGCUGAUCCAAUUGCAUAUCAAUGUUUAGAAGAACUUAUAUUGAAUAAAUCGAAACUUGAUUUACCAUUAAAUGAUGCAAUAUAUUAUCGUCAAAUGCCUUUUUUGUUACCUUCUUAA